AGCUUCUGAUCGGGUAGGUCGGGGGUCGGCAACCCGCGGCUCGGGAGCCGUAUGCGGCUCUUUCGCACCUCCGCUGUGGCUCCCUGCGCAUUAAAUAUUCUUAUGUUGUUUUUUAUGCGAAGUGGGCGAUCUUUCUGUUUGGAGUUCAAGUUGAAAAAAAGUUUUAAUAUUUCGUCAAAUAAAAUAUGCGUCAUUGAUCACGUGACGUCAACUGCGCGCCGCCUUUCUCUGCAGGUGAAUAAAGAGUUUUCAACACCCGCCCUCGGUAAGCUAAUAAUGGAUAAAUCCAAAAAGAGAAAAAUCUCGGAGGAAAAUAGAGAAUUUAAUUCUACAUGGACAGAUUUAUUUGCUUUCACUGCCAGUGAUGCUGGCUUACCUGUGUGCUUGAUAUGUGGUGAGAAACUGAUAUUGGAGCGAUACUGAAAACCUCCACAAACCGGACAAACCUGUGUUUGAAACAUGGAGUGCCAUUCCCGACACUUAUAUGAACAUGAAGAAGUAUGCCUUUGGAGUCUUGUCCAUCUUUGGAUCAGCAUACUUGUGUGAGCAGGUUUUCUCAAACAUGAACUACAUAAAAUGUAAGUACCUCCCCGUCUGACUGACGACAGCCUGCAGUCCUGUGUGAAGAUGAAAGUCACAUCUUACAGCCCCGAUAUAGAGAAGCUCUGCAGGGAUGUUCAGAGACAGAAAUCACAUUAAACAGGCUCAAGGGCUGAUUGGUGUAGCCUACGUUGCUGAGGAGAAAAAGAGAAGAGGAUGACACCACACUGACAUGGACUGAAGUCAUAAUUAAAUACAAAGUGGCCUGUUUGUUUAGCCUGCAUAGUUCCAUGAUUUAUUUAUUUAAAAGUGGGCUGCACCUUAUUUUGCUAAUUUUCUUCAAACAUUGGGAGAACUCAAAUAGCCUGCAUCGUUCUGUGUCUUUAGUUUAUUUCAAAGUGGGCCAGUUUAUUUUUUUGUAAAAUGUCAACAGUUUUGAUUGCAGUUCUAUGAUUUCAUAAAUGCAGCAUAGGUAGUUUUUUUGUAUAUAAAGUAUAACUAUACAUAAAACUUUAUAAGCUUGUAUUGUAUCUUCAUUUUAAGGGUCAAAUAUGUUUUGCAGCUCCAGAUGAAUUUUAUUUAGGAGAGAGGGGGCAAAACGGCUCCAGGUUGCAGACCCCUGGGGUAGGCCCAGGCGGGUAUGGGCCCACCCACUUUGAAUUGUGGCCCACCCAAUCAGAAGCUGGUAAUUUUCCAAAUAGAUCUACGAAAUAAUAAUAAUAAUAAUAAUAAUAAUAAUAAUAAUAAUAAACGUCUUAUCACACUAUAACUUUAUAUAUUUAGUUAAAAAAGAAUGAUUAAAUGCAAGUUCCCAUGGUCAAUAUAUCUUCGCCGCUGCUCCUAACAAAAAACUUCAUCACAUCAACGUUUAUAAGUUUUACUUUGUUAAACAACAGCACGUUUAUAAAUCUCGUGAAGUUUAGUCUUAGAUUAUAUGGAUUGUGAGCCGUACAAGUCCCUCUGUAUGAGCUGUUACCAUAGAAACAGUAAUGUAUUAGAAUGAGCGCAUUAACAUGAGCCUGUCGCUAAGGUUACAGCCGGAAGUACCUGUGCUGCUAUACGGAAAUUAAUGCACACCUUCUGACCAAUCAGAUUCGAGCAUUCAACCCCGCUGGGUAUAAAAUGAAUUGAAACCAACCCAAAAGUGUGAGCGGUCUUCACAUGAACGCUUUUAUUUUACCACACCCAUAUUGGAAAAACGGUUCGUACUGUCAGUCUGCCGAUCAAACACGGUUAUUAUUGGACAGGGCAUGAAGUGUUAGCCAAUCGUAUUCCUGGAGGUGGGACUUUCCGGAAAACGGGUGGGAAAUAAAUAAGGUCGAUAUUAGCUAAUCACUUCCGCUCUUGCGCAAAAGACAAAUGUUUUGUUGCUAAUAAAUGUAACAUCUCCCUCUUCUGGAUGGAGUUAACAGUGUGUGGAAUAUCACUCUGUUUUUUACUCCUGAUAUUGAAUUAAAAGUGAGCGUGAGUUACGUAAAAUCAUUAGUUUAAAUAAAGAAAACAGUGGUGAUGUUGAUGUUAUGUCACGUUUUGUCACGCUACACUUCUUGACUGAUGUUAAUUCAGAUCGGAAAACAAUCUAGCUUUGUGUUAGAUAGUUUUGAAUCGCUUUACUGUGUUUGGUUCAUUCACAAUCCUUAAUGGAUCUUGAGAGAAAUGGAUGAAGAGGCGUCGCUGGAGAGUUACUUUGACCAGUCAAUUGCUGGUUCCUCUGAGUACAUAUUUGAAGGGGAUUUGGGUUUGCAUGGCCCCCCACAGCUUCAGGAUCCCUCUUUCCUCUCCUCCUCUAUCUCCAGCCAGCAGAAAGAUCUCUCUGAGGAUCUGGACCUGAGCUUUCUGCCUGAUGAGCUUAGUGCUCAGGAUGAAGGGGGAGAGAAUGCAGCAGUGGGUUCUGCAGAGGACAGUGGUGUUUUCCUGGACUGUACAACUGCAGCCUCGGCUGAAGCAGACACUGAUAUCAGUAAGAGGCAGCCUGCAGCCUCCCCCUUCUGCAACCUCCCUAUGACCCCCAUGACACCCAUGACCCCUGUUGCCCCUGUGGCAGAAAGUUCAGGAAUCAUUCCACAAUUACAGAAUAUAGUGUCCACAGUAAACCUGGCUUGUCCUCUAGACCUGAAAGCCAUUGCCCUUCAAGCUCGAAAUGCUGAGUACAAUCCAAAGCGUUUUGCUGCUGUAAUUAUGCGGAUCCGUGAACCCAGGACCACUGCCCUCAUCUUCAGCUCAGGAAAAAUGGUCUGCACUGGUGCAAAGAGUGAGGAGCAGUCUCGCCUUGCUGCAAGGAAGUAUGCCCGGGUGGUACAGAAGCUCGGCUUCCCAGCCAAAUUUCUCGACUUCAAGAUCCAGAACAUGGUUGGCAGUUGUGAUGUGUGUUUCCCAAUACGGUUGGAGGGCCUGGUUCUGACUCACCAACAGUUCAGCAGCUAUGAACCCGAGUUGUUUCCUGGUUUGAUCUACCGUAUGGUGAAGCCACGGAUUGUCCUCCUGAUUUUUGUGUCUGGAAAAGUUGUUCUUACAGGUGCUAAAGAUCGCUCCGAAAUAUAUGAAGCUUUUGAGAAUAUCUACCCAAUUCUGAAAGGAUUCAGGAAACAGUGAAAAAGAAAGUGCACUUCUACUUUUUAUUGAGUUCUGAUAUGUCUGUAUAUGAGGUGAUUGUCUCUGUUUAGAUAUCUACUUUUACUGAAAGUGAUUCUUUAAGCUUUCACUUGAAUCAAACCUUUGUUAAGGGACAUUUUGUAUUUUGUUUGCAAACAUUGUGCAUGUUGUUUGUAUGUGUUUCUGUCACUGUGAUUACCAUUUGAGUGGUGAGAGGUAAAUGUUUUGUUAACACAUUUUGCUGCAUAGGACACUGAACUAUAAAAGUCUGAUUUUCUGACAACUGGUUCUGAUUUUCAUACUAGAAAAAUGACACAAUCCACCAUGCUGUUUCAGAGCCUCUGCUCAUGUUGUGUUUGCAUUUCUCAUGUUGCCUUGUUUUUCAUAGAUUUUUCUCCAGACUCGCCAACGCCCAAUUCUCCUGACAGAAUGUUCCUCUAGCUGUUUCUCCUGAUUCAGUUCUAUUGAAAACAGUUCUAUUUAUUUCGAUAUUGUAACCUGCGCCCUGUUCUUUGUACAUCACUUAACAAAUCCAAGAUAAAAUGACUUGUGCCAGAUUUACUAAACACGGUCAUUCCAAGUGGUCUAAUUCAGUUCUUCAAACGCACCUGAGAACUAGUUCUACCCUAUAUGGCCAAAGUUUUGUGGACAAUUGACCAUUACACCCAUAUGUGUUCCUUUUCCAAACUGUUGACACAAAGUUGGAAGCACACAAUUGUGUAGGAGGCCUUUGUAUGAUGUAGCAUUACUAGUGAAAAUCCCUUCAGUGGAACUAAAGGACCCCAAUGUGUUUCAGCCUGACAAUUCCCUUUGCACAAAGCGAGGUCCCUGAAAACAUGGUUUGCCAAGGUUGUAGUGGAAGACCUUGAGUGGCCUGCACAGAACCCUGACCUCAACCCCACUGAACACCUUUGGGAUGAACUGGAAUGCUGACUGCACCCCAGGCCUCCUCACUCGACAUCAGUACCUGACCUCACUAAUGCUCUUGUGGCUGAAUGGGCACAGAUCCCCACAGACACGGUCCAAAAUGUAGUGGAAAGCCUUCCCAGUAGAGUGGAGGUUAUUAUAACAGCAAAGGGGACUAAAUCUGGAAGGGGAUGUUCAAAAAGUACAUAUGGAAGUGAUGGUCAGGUGUCUACAAACUUUUGGCCAUUUGGUGUAUUCUUGUAGAACUUGAGUUGUCUGGCAUAAGUGCAUGCUCCUGUUUUGCUUGGAAAGGCAGAUACACUCUUUGCUGAAAGUAUCAGAAUGGCAAGGCUAAUUCUUUUGUUUUUGCUAUACACUGAAAACAUUUGAAAUUAAAAGAUAAAUAUGAGACAAUAGAUCAGAAUUUCAGCUUUAAUUUCCUGAUAUUUACAUCUUGAUAUGUUAAACAACUUAGAACAUGGCAUCUUUGGUGGCAGACCACCCAAUUAUUAGGUGAGCAAAAGUAUAUGAACAGUCUUAAAGUACAAUGUUUCUGUCAUUAACUGCUGUUGUUUUCCUUGGCCAACUUGUUUGAUGUCUGGUUGUUAGUACACCAGUGGUU